CGGAAGAUUCCGUGAACGUUCUAGCCAUUGUACUGGGAGUAAUAUUUGGAUUGCUAUUUCUUCUUCUUCUGGCGCUUCUAAUAUAUUACUGCUGUAAAAAGAAGAAGAAACGAGACAAAAUCAAAGCUCUAGAACAAAGAAAUCUUAAAGUUUUUGAAAAGAAAAUGGCCAUGGAAGAAUUUGAUGAUGAACACCCAUUGAAUGAAGCCUCACUUGUACCAGAUUUCCCACAGAAUGGAUAUCCAAUGCCGUUAAAGUUAAAACUUACUCCAAAAUCUAAACGAUAUAGUAUGCCAACAGUUGCAAACGUUGAAAUCCAAACUGAGCGUUCUUACACAUCACAUGAACAAAUGUCAGAUAUAAAUCCUGGAAGCUUUGGUGGACCUCUGAAACAAUUCCAUGGUUCCAACAGAAGUUUAGCUACACAGAAAGAUUUUGAAAGUCCUGAAUACAGCAGUGCAGACCACAUAUCAUCAGUUACUACGAAUAACAAGACUUUUCAACAAAGAUUGUUAAACAACAUGAAUAACACUCCAACAAAAGAGUUUCCAACAGAACCUCAAUAUCUGCCGUGGCCAUGGAGAACUGCUAACCGUGCAAUGAGAAGUAAACCGGCUUCUGUGAAAUCAGGUAGUACCAGUUUUAAAUCUCGCAAUGCAGAGUUACCAGACUUAGGAGAGUUCACUAUUCAUAAUUACGGAAUCAAGUAUGAUGAUACCAUGUCUACUGCGAAUACACAUCCUCCACCUCGUCGACCGUUGUCCAGAGCAAGUUCUGUAUACAAUUUGUCCAGACCACCGACAAGAAUGCUUGAAAUGAAGAAAAGUUACUCUCAGGAGCAUCUGAAUAGAUCAAAAACCUCAAUAGGACACUUUCAAAAACACCCAAGUAGUAAAUCGCUAUUUGAUAGAUCUGUGUCGCAUAACGAUGUCAGUAGAUCAAAGCCUAUCAUAAAACCAUUCCAAAAGAGCAAGUUUUUUGAAAAACCUCCCUCAAAGCCAAAUAAUCCUUCCCGACGGGCAUCUGUUGCUACGAUUAAAUUAAUGAUGCAACGUAGCAAUACACGGAUGUUAAACACUAUCAGCGAAUCAAAGGAACGGAUCCCAUCGCCACUCAGAUAUAAACGAAAACCGCCAUUACCGCCAUAUAUGAGACCACUGACAAGAUCUAAAACUUUACCAACUCCAAGUGCACUUAAAAAGGCGGCAAAUGUGUAUGGAACACGUCCUGCGACGGGGAAAUUAAAAGAAAAUGCAAGGUCAAUGCUACAGACAAAAUUAAGACAUAAAAACAUGGAACAACCUGUCAGGAGGAAAAAGAAGUAUAGUAAGAAGAAAUCAUCUUGGAAAUCUCCCUUUUCACUUCCAUCAUCUUUACAAACACGCACGCUUUCUUUGAAAACAUUGAGUAAGAUGAAACAUUCGAAGGUUGAACCUGCAAAGUCAUCCACUACAAUUGGAAGAUUUAAUGAUAGCUUUACUUCAAGAGAUUUCGCCACUACAGAUCAUGACGUUACCUCAGAUUCAAAUGGUGAGAAUUUUAUGGAUGCUGAAAUAUCACAUUUACCAGCUAUUGACCAUAAGCCUAGACUUGUUUCAGCUGCACCAAGGCGUGAAAAUACAUAUAGAAUGGAUAAAAAGGUGUCGGAAGAUUCUGGAAUAUCGGCUGAUGAAUCGGCGUUGUCUAGCGAUGAUACGAGAUAUCCACUUCCGGAUAUAGUAGAAAACUCAGAUCAGACUAAACCUGGACAGUUGAAGCCACCGCCCAGAAGAACACCAUGGCACUAAAACUAUCAAAAUCAUAACUGAUGAGAAAUGAUGGAUUUUUUGUGUCGAUCGUUGUGGAUUAUAAUGUGGUUUAUUUUCAAAUGUUUGUACUUGUUGAAUUGUAAAAUGUUAUAAUGAGGAAGAAUCAUAUUAUCCAUCAAAUGUGACACUAGCGUACCAAUAUUUACCUGAUUGUUUUUCUACAUGUAUAUUGAUCGAAAAAGUUAUUUUUUUAACAUUGUUGUUUUCCCACUGUACAAUGUUAACUGACUAUAUUUUCGGGAACAAUUGGAUUGUUUGGAAUAUCAUUUUUAUAUUGUACUUAUGUGAAAAGUUCAAUACGUUAUGAGAUUUUAUUAUCUGGUAUAUCUAAAAUUGACAGUUUAACACGAUUCGUUUUUAACGAUGCAUUUGUUAAUAUAUUGAAUAACUCAAUUUAAGCCCUUUUUCUUUAUAAUGAAAUCGUUUCACCUACAAAAGACCUUUUUCAAAAUUUGGUUGACUUUUGUACACUAACACGCAAAAACUUGGGGUUGUUUGAUUUUAAGGUAGAUGUUUUUCGAAAGCGUUAAUUGCAAAAUUGUAAGAAACAAACAUAGGUAAAUAUUUUUGUGAAAUAUUUUAAUUUUGAAACAUGAAUGCAUCAUUUAGAUAAAGAAUAGCAUGUGAUUAUUUUUAUUCUUUCGACUGGUUUUACUAAUUAAGGUUCUUUUUAUGUUUGAUUGAAACUUUUGAUUUAUUUUUUCCAUUUAAACUCAAUCAAUUCAGAUAAUGUAUUUCAUAAUAUAAUGUUCCUGAAAUUUACUUGAUAUUUCAUUUUCAAGAAUUAUUCGAAAAACUUCAUUUUUUUUUUAUUAAUUUCAGCGAAAUGACAUGGCAUAAACAAACUCCCUUGGAUGAUUGUCCGAUAUUCCACCGUUUGAAUUCAAUUUUUUGAUUUAUUAAAAGUCGAAAAUUUAGAAUAUGCUGAAAUUGUCGCUUAUGCAGAAACAAUACUAGUUUGCCCUUUAGGUCAUUUUUUUCGUAGUCAUUUUAAAUAUACAUGUUUAGGUUUUCUUAUGUUUGUACAAAGUUAUUGUUGUUAAGUACUGACUUUGCAAAGCUGUAAAUUUACAGGCUGUUUGUCUGUAUUAAACUAGAGUCAGAAAUAAAAUACAAACUAUAUUUUAUUACAAUUAAGUAAUCAUGUAAAAUGUAUAAUUACUUUUUGAGAUGUAGGGUAUACGUCAGUGAAAAAUAAUCUAAACAAAGCAAAACAGCUAUAGUGCACAGCAAUUUUUUUCGACAUAUCAGUGACAAUUGUCUAUACAUGUGUCAAGCUCUAAGUCGUAUUGGUUCAAGAAAAUAAAUAAGAGACUAUCAAAUAUCAACCAUCAAUACAAAACAUUACAAUAGGACUUAUUAAAAGACACUCAUUAUUUAGGUAUUGCAGUGACUGAUCCAGAAUUUUUGAUAAGGGAGGCCCGCUCCAGUCAUACUUCAGGGAUUCCCAAUAUAAUCAACCAAAUUUUUCCCACAAAAGGGGGGAUCCGCCCCCUGGAUCUGCCUAUGUAUUGUGCAUGUAACAUGACAUUAGAACGACAUUUAACUACUGAAUUGUGUAAGUGGAUAAUAUAAAGCGAAUUCUCUUUCAGUUUACGCUGAAUGUAAGGUACAUUGUAAUUUUACUUUCCAUUUCUAAUAAAACAUACAAAAGAGUAA